AUGUCAAGUGGUGUCGUUACCAUUGGAGCUAAGCGGAGCAUCGGAAAUUCUCUAUCACCAUCGAGUCCAAAACGCUUGAACUUGAUCGAAAUGAUGCAAGUCAACAUUCCCGAGGUUGCUCAGCCAUACAGAGAUUCCAAUUUCAUUCUCACGCCCCCAUACUCUGUCAUUGGUGAUCUCCAUUUCUCAAUUGAUGUUCCUCGACUCCCGGAUCGCGUUCCAGCACCACCACCAAUACCAGCUGCCGAUAUAGCUUUCAAUGGAGUCCACUAUGCACCACCUCCACCACCCAUUUUCAAUCAGCCAAACAUGAUUCCCACCAAAAAAUAUCUGGAAAUGAUGAAGUUGCUGAUCAUUUCGUUGGGAUCACCAACAUUCACUGGUGUUUUGGCGAGAAUUGAAGGGAAUUUGCAAGUUGUUCCGGCAUGCUUGAUGUGUCAAGAAUGGAAGAUCACGGAUUCAUUGAAAUGCAUCCUCUACAUGAUCCGCAAUCAAUCAUAUCUCCCACCAUUUCCUGUCCAAGGCUCACUGACAGCGAAGAACAUCAAAAUCGCACUCCACGCUUUGUCAUUCAUGCUGGAGUCACCGGACAUGAACAAGUUCCGAGCUGACCUUCAAAAAGAAAUUGAUGUCGAUAUUGGUCUCCACAAGAUCAACCCCAAAAAACUCAACGCUGCGUUCCACUACGCCAUCGAAUCGAUUGUCAUUUGA